AUGUCCAAGCAUCAGAUCAUGCUUGAACUUUCCUCCAUAGUCCAGGCUAUGGCGCAAGUUGUGCAGGAUGCGUUCAUCGGAGCUGUGAUGGGAGAGCUGCUAAAAGCAGUUCUGGAAGCCCAACGAAAGGCAGCAGCGUUCAAGCCAACCCUGCAAGAGAUCGAAUCCACUCUAGAAACCAUAAUCCCAAUCGCUGCCGAGAUCCAAGAGCUGAGCGAGGUGCUGCACCAGGAUAAGAGAGAGAUCGAACCAUUGAUGCAAGUGAUCAGGGAAGGUAAAGACCUCGUCUUGAAAUGUUCCAGAAUUCGAUGGUAUACAUGCUGGAAGAAGCCGAGCUACAAGGACAAAUUGGACGCCCUGGAGGGCUCCCUGAAGAGCUACCUUGACUUGGUUCUGCAGCUCCAAAUGGCGAGGGACAUUAAGAAAAAUUUGGUGGAAGUGAAGAAGGUUCAAGUAAUGGUUUUGGAUCGCGGGAGAAGGGCUGGUCUGGAGGGGUACUUUCUCCCUGCAGCGAUUCCGAAUCCUGUUGGAUUUCAGGUUCCCCUGUGGGAACUGAAGAUGGAGUUUUUCAAGGAUGACACUUCUCUGCUUGUUUUGUCUGCACCUCCUGGCUGUGGGAAGACCACUCUGGCUACUCUUUUCUGCCAUGACAAAGAUGUUCAAGAAAGAUUCAAGGAUAACAUCUUCUUUAUCAGAGUGUCGAAAAAACAAACAAUGGAGAGUGUUGUCCAGAGAAUGUACAUGCUCAAGGGUCAUAGAGAUCCUGUGUUUCAAGGUGAAGAAGAUGCUCACUACCACCUGGAAAAUCUCCUGAAGAGCAUGGGUUCGAACCCGAUAUUGUUAGUUCUGGAUGAUGUUUGGCCAGAAACAGUUUACAUCCUUGACAAGCUAAAGUUUAACAUCCCCGGUUUUAAGGUUUUGGUAACUUCUAGGUCGGUUUAUCCCAAAUACAAAUAUCAGAAACUAAACCCACUGAACGAUAAAGAUUCCCGGACACUAUUCGACAACUCAGCAUUCCUCCCAGACCAACCAAAACCUGACAUUCCAAAGGAUGUCAUCAAUCAGAUAGUGAAAGAAUGCAAAGGGUUUCCACUAGCCCUUACAGUUGUUGGGAGAUCACUGUGUGGAGAGCCCAUUGAGGUGUGGAGAACGAGAGCCAUGGCGUUAUCCGAAGCUGGACCCGUAAUGGAAGGUGGUGAGCUGUACAGCGAGCUGUACAGUUGCCUUGAGAAGAGUUUAGAUGCAUUAGACAAGCAGCCCAAGGUGAAGCAAUGCUUCAUGGACUUGGCUCUGUUUCCUGAGGACGAUUUGAUCCCUGCAGCUGCCCUAAUUGACAUGUGGUCUGAACUCUACAAACUCGACGAAGAUGGCCUCCAGGCUGUGGCCAACCUCUAUCAGCUCUCUGCAAGGAACCUAGCUGACCUUGUCGUUACAAGGCGAGAAAGAAAAGAACCCGUGCUUAAAGUCACUAUCCUUUUUGACAGGACUGAUGCGGAGGGCUACAAUCAUCACUUUGUGACACAGCAUGAUCUUCUGAGGGAGCUAAUCAUCUACCAAAGCAGCCUAGAGCCCAUCGAACAGAGGGACAGACUAAUAGUCGAGAUAUUCAGGAAUCAAGUUCCUGACUGGUGCACUGAAAGAAAACAGCUUAGCAUUCACUGCCGCAUUCUGUCUAUCUCCACAGAUGAGAAGUUCUCCAGCAGCUCGUGGAGAAUCCAAGCACCAGAACUCCAAGUCAUGGUCCUCAACUUCCGCACAAAAACCUUCACCCUGCCAAAAUUCAUGACAGGAUCAAACGAAAACCCUCUCGAAGUCCUGAUACUCAGAAACUAUGGUGUCUCCCCAGCUGACGUCAAAAACUUCCCCCAGCUCCUUUCAUCCCUCUCAACCCUCAAAAAGAUCAGACUCGAACAAAUCUCAAUCCCUCCAUCCCUCUUCACCACUUUCCACUUCCAAACCCUCGAAAAAAUCACCAUAGUCCUCUGCCGUGUAACCCUAGCUUUCAAUCCCUCGUCUUCCCGAAUUUCACAACCACUCCCAAACCUUAAAGAGAUCAACAUCGACUACUGCAAAGAUCUCGUCGAAUUACCCAUCGAAAUCUGCAAGCUCACUAACCUGAAGAAGCUGAGGAUCACGAACUGCCAUAACUUGGCCGCGCUCCCCGAUGAGAUCGGGUCGCUGAAGAACCUCGAGGAGCUGACGUUGAGUUCGUGUAUAGGGUUGUCGGAGCUGCCGGAGGCAAUUGGGUAUCUGGGGAAUUUGAGGAGCCUGGACAUAUCGGAAUGUGCUGACGUCAGGAAGCUGCCGGAAGCCAUUGGGGAGCUGGGGAAGAAUCUGAAGAGGAUUCAGAUGAUGGGUUGUUCGAAGAACUUCUGGGUUCCCGAUUCGGUGCUGAAGCUGGAGAAUUUGGAGGAAGUUGGGUGCGAUGAAGAUACGGCGCCACUGUGGGAGCCUUUUGUUCAGGUGAUGAAGAGGUUGAAGGUCAAGGUCCGGAAGGAAGAGAUCAACUUGAAUUGGCUCCACGGUGGUCGCUUCUGAAAAUGUUUACUCUGGGUGGCUCAUUAAUCAAUCAUGUAUAUAGUGUUACAUAGCA